UUACACCUGCAUGGCUACAAACAGGGAAGGAAGAAAAUGGCUGAUCAUGAACAUCAGUUUUCAUCCAUGCGUGUUGGGCACAUCUUAUAAGCUCAUGUACAGCGAUACCAUAGACAACCAUGCCAUUGUUGGUCCUCUGUUGAAGUCCAUCAACACCAACAACGACAACGACUGCAAAGAUGCCUGCUUCAUGCACGUCCCUGAUGUAUGCUACAUGUUCAACUAUUAUCCACAGACCAAGAAAUGUGAGCUGUUCUACAAAGAUCGUGUGACUGAAUACAAGGUGGAGAAGAGGAAUGGGUGUUACUUUAAAACCCGUGAGUGUGAAGUUAACCCGUGUCUUGGCGGUAAACGGUGCUACUCGCUCGGAGACCAGAGUUCCACAAGUUGCGUUUAAGAUGGAAGUGA